GGUUGAUGCUGAAGCUAGAAGAUGGCCGUUACUUCCACUUUCCCGGGUUUCCUGAUACAACUGUGUAUAACACCGAUGGACAAACAUUCACUGCAGGAGGGUUGAAGUUUGAGGUUUUAGAACCGCUAUCCAAGUGUAGGCUCACAUUCAACGGUCGUCUGAGCGAGGAACAUCAGAGGUAUGAGGUCUGUGGUCAGCUGUUUGGUAAACUGACUGUCGCAAGAGAACCAGAGAGGACAUUGCUGCUAAGGGGCGUCAGGCAACACUCCUGGGGCAUUCGCGACUGGACAACGUACAACAGAUACAUGUCACACUGUGGAUAUCUAGAGGAUGGAACGUUUUUCUCGUUUUCGGCAGCAAGUAUUCCUUCGUUUCUUUCUCAUAUCGUCUCCGGAUAUGUGAUUUUGCCCUGCGGACAGACACGUACACUGAAAUCAACUGACCUGCACUUAUCUCUACAUGGAGAGAUUACACCGCCUUCUGACAAGUUAUGCUUUAAUGCAGUUACAGGUCACCUCCAGUGUGCCUUUUCGGUCGAGAAGAAACAGGAUCAGAUUGUCUAUUCAGGAGAAAGGUGGAGUGUUAAGAUCCACAAACAAUUCACUGACGUAACGAUGAAUGGAGUCCGCGGCUGGGGCUUCACCGAGUAUAUGUACAGACACAAUGGACUUUGUCCAGUACGGCUUCAAAAGUCAGUCCCGUUGCUAAAAGAACCAGCGAUCGACAUAAAUCGACCUUGUGACCUGACACUGGAGUUCACUAAACCUGCCUGCGCUUCAUCUCAGCUGGUUGGUGGUAAGGGAACGCAGUUGGCUCUUCUGACUCAGCUAGAUGGCAAGUUCAUAGUUCCGAGGGGCUUCUGCCUGACGGUAGCCGCAUACAGGCACCAUCUGAAAGAUAACAAACAUCUACGUGCCGCUGUCAAAGAGCUGGAAAAUGUUGCAUAUAAACGAAAGGAAGGUGAUAUUCACGAGAUGUCCAAGGCCAUUGUUGAAAGCUUUAACAAAACUCAACUGACUCCGGAGUUGGAACGGGCAGUGUUGAAACAACUGUCAGAGCUGUUUGGCGAUGAAUGGAGCAAGAAGACAUUUGCUGUACGAUCGUCUGCUGUUGGGGAAGAUGGCGGGGAAGCAUCAUUCGCUGGACAGAUGGAGACUUUUCUUGGUGUCAUUGGCAUUAAAGAGAUUUGCAAUGCCAUUGUAAAAUGUUGGGCAUCAUCAUUCACACAGCAGGCUGUUGCGUAUAAGAGGAAUCACGGCCAGAUUGUAGCCGCAGAUGUCGGCGUCUGCAUACAAGAGAUGGUAGAGGCAGACGCUGCAGGUGUGCUCUUUACAAGAGAUCCGGUGACUGGUAACCCUGGAAUCAUGACCAUCAACGUAUCAUAUGGGAUUGGAGAGGCAGUUGUGUCGGGAGUGACGGAACCUGACACAAUCUAUCUGCAGAGAGGCUUCAACGAUAAGCUCAUCGUCAAGGAAAAGAUUCUUGGAAGCAAGAAGAUAAAGAUGGUUAUCAGCGAGUCAGGCGGAUUGGUGGAGAUGGAGUCAGACGGCAAAACUGGUUGUUGCCUACCAGACGAUAUUUCACUGGAACUAGGGAACAUUGGCAUACAAGUUGAGAAAUCGUUCUCAGAUGCUCGAGACAUCGAGUUUGCAGUGAAAGAAGGUCGAAUCUACUUGCUUCAAGCUCGACCAAUCACGUCCCUCGAUAUCGAGUCUGAGUUUGAACUCAUUCAUGAAGACGACGGCCCGUUGCUGAUUGACAGUGAGAUGUUCACAAAUGCUAACACUGGAGAAAUGAUGCCGCAGGCUAUGACACCGCUCACCUGCGAUGCAUUUAUUUCCACCUUUGCUGGUCUCGGGCAGAUCUUGAAAGUUGGAAUAAUGGGCAGCGAAGCAACCCCAAACACCUACGCAGAUGUAGGAGGAUGUAGCUUUUGCAAACACUUCGUUAUUAACAUGUUCAGCGGUCUGUAUUACAUCAAUGAAUACACGACAUUAAUCGGCACGCAAAGCCAAAAGGAGGAAUUUGAGAUCAUGCUGUUUGGAAAACCAUUGGGAAAUGAACAUAUGGACAUAGUCGAUAAGCGUUUCAGAAAUAUUCGUGUCUCGCUGUACCACAAGAUCAUGGGAUUUUUGAACAUGAACAUAUCUGCGCUUAGAGUGAAGCACUACAUUCAGCAAGGUAAAACCGUGGUCAAAACGGCGAACACAGAUUUCAGUACCACAGACACACGAAUGCUAUAUCAACAACUUGAUAAACUCAUCCAGGCGAGUAGCGAGGCCUGGUACUGCCACAUGCAAGCUUCAAUGGCAUCUUCCAUGGCCAGUGGCAUAAUCAAACGCAUUUUGGACACUGGUCGGAGAGAAGAUCACGCCAUGGUAAUGUCUGAAGUUGCCAGCCUUCUAUCAACCUGUCCAGACGUACUGAGUGCUGACGUACCACAUGCUCUCAGGAAAAUCGCGCUAACGGUGAUUGACAGCGGUAAAGCCGAGUUCUUUCAGUCAUUGUCGGCAAAGGAGGCAGCCCAGUGGCUACAGACAGAUGACAGCGGAGAGCUGAAGAAUGAGUUUGCAAAAUUUAUAGAGACGCAUGGACACAGAUGCGUGCGCGAGUCUGAACUAUGGGAAAAGCCAUGGAGAAUGCAACCGGAAAAAGUUGUCAAAACAAUUCAGGGUAUGACAAAAUCACCAAACGAGAUGAGGAAAACAAAAACGCACACGACAGAGGAAGAAUCCAUAGAAAACAUAAAGGUUCCAGUUGGCGCCAUCAAAAAAAAAAUGUUGCGAUACAUCUUGCCAAUUGCAAGAACAGCGGUCGGUCAGAGAGAAAAUGGUAAAGGCAUCGCAAUCAAAGUAAUGGACUUCUUGCGACAAGGAUACACUAGACUGGCUGAGCUGCUUGUACACGAGGGCCAUUCGAAGAAGAAAACUCAUGCCAAUGCUGAUGGCAAUGCACUUCCCUGAAAUCAUGACUGGUUAUCCAACGCCUGUGCGUU